GAAAAUUUGACGGAACAUUAGCAAGCUGCCUCUGAUAGAUUUUGUUCAAAUACAAGCACUCACGCAGCAUCUGGUUGAAUGGAAAUUUCCUCCCAUUGUGCCGCCAAUCAGUCCAUGUCAGCUUCGGCCUGUAUUGUUGUAUAUGUCGUAUCACAUGACUUUUUAAUUUAAACAACAUCUCUGUUUUGACGGGCGAAAAAAAGCACAACGUUGUUUUAUCUACAUAGCGUAUUUACGUCGGAGGACGAGUACGCGUUUCUUGCGCUACGUCGAUAUUGGCCUUGUUUCGAGGAAAAAAGCUUUGUGUUGUGGUCUUGGCGUGGCAAUAUACGAAUCGAUGUUCGUUUAUCGCCAUUUGAGAAUAUUCUGUUAUAAUUUAUCGAAUUCUUAUUGAGUUAAUUGAUACACAACGUACAAUUUCAUAAGGAUUGACGAUCUUGGCUGACCCCAGAAAUAAAACCUUUGAAAUCGAGAAUUUUUUAGCAAGAUGGCCGAGUCGGGCAAUUUCAGUUCGAAGAGCUUCGCAAUACAAGCGCAAAAGAAAGUGCUGGGAAAGUUGGCUAGUAAGAACGUUGCAAAAGUGUUUGUCGACGACACUACAAGCAGCCUAUUCGACCAGCUUUACGCUAUUGCGAAGCGAGACACUGGAAAUAAAAAAGAAGCCGAGAAACUGCUCAAGGAUUUGAUCAAAAUCGCCGUGAAAAUCGGAGUCUUGUACCGGAAUAAUCAGUUCACGGAUGCAGACAUGCGAACGGCAGAGACCUUUCGAAGUCAGUUCAAGACAACGGCGAUGACAAUCGUUAGUUUCCAUGAAGUAGAUUUCACCUACGACCGGCAGUUUCUCAUCGAGUCAUUGGAGGAGGCAAAAAAGUCAUUGCACAGUUUAAUUGAGAGCCAUCUUACGCAGAAAUCACACGGAAGAGUGGACCAUGUGUUCAACUAUUUUUCAAAUGGAGAUCUGUUAGACAAGUUAUUUCAAACGGACGCGUUGAAGGACGCUAGAGCCGGCAUCGCUGAUGGACUAAAUAAACUUAUGGAAAAUGGAGAUUUGUAGCAUUAUAAACUCGGUCUCGGAGGCAAACAAAUCGAUGAACACAAUUCGACCAAAUCCUCGGAUAACUACCGCUCCUAUUUACACUUCUAAUCCGUGUUCACAAACAGUUGCCUAGAAAUAUCUUAUUAGGUCGUCUAAAAUUUGAGCAAAUAUCUAUUUAAGGUUUCGGGGCGAGUAAAGUACGUCAUAUUAGGCUAAGUUAUUUCUAAAUUCUUACACCGUAUACAAGAUAUAAUAUGCAUAUUUGUUUGUACAUUAAAGACGAGAGGAAUAUAGUGGAAAUGACUUGCAAAAUUGCCAUUAGAAAACUUGUGUCGAUUCAGUCACGCAAUAAAUUGAAUAUUUCACAAUA